AUGACCACCUCAUCUAUUCGGAGGCAGAUGAAAAACAUUGUAAAUAAUUAUUCAGAAGCCGAAAUUAAAGUCAGGGAAGCCACCUCCAAUGACCCAUGGGGUCCUUCUAGCUCCCUCAUGACGGAAAUCGCUGACUUGACCUACAACGUGGUGGCUUUUUCUGAAAUCAUGAGUAUGAUCUGGAAGAGACUCAAUGAUCACGGGAAGAACUGGAGGCAUGUUUACAAAGCUUUGACCUUGUUGGACUAUCUCAUCAAGACUGGCUCUGAAAGGGUGUCUCACCAGUGCAAGGAGAACAUCUUCGCCAUACAGACUCUAAAGGACUUCCAGUACAUCGACCGGGACGGCAAAGACCAGGGGAUUAAUGUACGGGAAAAGUCUAAACAGUUGGUGAGCCUUUUGAAGGACGAUGAGAGGUUGAAAGGAGAGAGAGCCCAGGCACUUAAGACCAAAGAGCGUAUGGCACAGGUGGCCACCGGGGUGGGGAGCAACAACCAGAUCAGCUUUGGCCGAGGAUCUAGUCAACCUAACCUGUCCACGAGUUACUCAGAGCAGGACUACGGAAAGUCAGGUGGAUCUCCAGCAUCAUACCAUGGAUUUAUGUGUGAUGUCCUCACAGCUACGUCCCCCCGGGUCUCUUCGGAGCUGGAACAGGCUCGCCCUCAGACAAGUGGAGAGGAGGAGCUACAGCUGCAGCUGGCACUGCCAUGAGCAGGGAGGUGGCAGAGCAAGAAGAGCGAAUCCGUCGGGGUGACGAUUUGCGGCUUCAGAUGGCCUUAGAGGAGAGUAGGAAAGACACCAUCAAAGGGCCAAAAAAGAAAUCGCAGCAGCAGCCGUCGUUGUUGGACCUAAUAGACGCACUGCCUCCAGGGGCCCCAGCCCCUCCUAAAUCCGAGCCUUGGGCAGCCGCAUCGGUACCAAAAUCAAAAAGCCAACCUGACCCUUGGGGGGCAACUGCUGCCUCUCCUACCUCCAGAGACCCCUGGCAGUCUUUUGGUACGAAGACAUCUGCCACCUCUGACCCCUGGGGAUCAAGCACGGUCUCUUCAAGGCAGUCUCUUCCCAAAAGCCAAGACCCCUGGGCCCCCUUGCCUGCCUCGGGAGCAGCUAAUUCUACAGCAGAUCCCUGGGGACCUGCAACUAAAUCUAGCACAAGCACAGGAGGUCCAUCCUUUGACCCAUUCAGCAAUUUAAAUGGGACUGUGAGAGAUGACUUUUCUGAGUUUGACAGCCUGAGGUCCACAUCUAAAGUAUCAGCAGAUUCCUUAUCUACAUUGCCGUCCUUGCGCAGUGGUACCACCAGUCCUGAACUCUUUGACUCCCAGCCAGUGGCCAUGACUACCGGCAAACAGGCCAUUGCUCGCAAAACCCCAGAAUCCUUCCUGGGACCCAACGCCGCCUUAGUGAACCUCGAGACACUGGUGACGAUGCCCACACCGCCUGCCCCUACGUUUAACCCCUUCUUGGCAUCAGGACAAACUGCUCCAGCAUCUACACCCGCUAUCAACCCCUUCCAGGUCAACCAGCCUCAAGCCCUGACCCUAAACCAGCUGCGUUCCAGUCCUAUGAUGGGAGUUGCACCGUCCUUCAACAACAUGCCAGCAAUGGCUAACGAGGCCUCUAUACCACCCCCAUUACAGGGCAUGUCAACGUUACCAGCGGUACCGCCAGCAGGGAUGAACAUAAACAUGGCAGCCAACUUGCCACAUCACAACAAUGCCAUUUCCCCUUCAAACACCCAAGCCAUGAAUGCUACCAACCCGUUCUUGCUAUGA